UCCUCCCUCCCCCCCCCACCCAGGCUGGCGUGCCAGGGGGUGGGACAUGCCAAUCACUGGCUGUGCCUCUCCGGCUGCCAGCACAGGGCGCAGCUCCCCCCAGGAGCCAGGUGUUUGGGUCCCUGGAGACGCUGCCGGCCCCCGGGGAUGCAGUGGGGCUGAGGACGCUACAGACUUCUCUCCAGCCCCGUGGGAAUCCUGAAUCCCACCACUCCCAUCUACCUUCAGCACCCCCAAGAUGGACUGAACCAGGCUGCUGGCCAGAGGGACAUGCUGGACACCAAGGAGAUGACCUCCCCCUGAGGAAGCCCUGUUGUGUGACUAGAGGAAGGGGCUACCCCCAGCCCCACUGGCCACCAUGAAUACCUCAGCCCCACCUGCCGUCAGCCCCAACAUCACUGUCCUGGCGCCAGGAAAGGGUCCCUGGCAAGUGGCCUUCAUUGGGAUCACCACGGGUCUCCUGUCACUGGCCACAGUGACAGGCAACCUGCUGGUACUCAUCUCCUUCAAGGUCAACACGGAGCUCAAGACAGUCAACAACUACUUCCUGCUGAGCCUGGCCUGUGCCGACCUCAUCAUUGGCACCUUCUCCAUGAACCUCUACACCACAUACCUGCUCAUGGGCCACUGGGCUCUGGGCACACUAGCCUGCGACCUCUGGCUGGCCCUGGACUAUGUGGCCAGCAACGCCUCCGUCAUGAACCUGCUGCUCAUCAGCUUUGACCGCUACUUCUCUGUGACCCGGCCCCUGAGCUACCGCGCCAAGCGCACACCCCGCCGGGCAGCCCUGAUGAUCGGCCUGGCCUGGCUGGUUUCCUUCGUCCUCUGGGCCCCAGCCAUCCUCUUCUGGCAGUACCUGGUAGGGGAGCGGACGGUGCUGGCCGGGCAGUGCUACAUCCAGUUCCUCUCCCAGCCCAUCAUCACCUUUGGCACAGCCAUGGCCGCCUUCUACCUCCCGGUCACGGUCAUGUGCACACUCUACUGGCGCAUCUACCGAGAGACAGAGAACCGGGCCCGGGAGCUGGCGGCCCUGCAGGGCUCCGAGACGCCAGGGAAGGGGGGCGGCAGCAGCAGCAGCUCAGAGCGGUCCCAGCCGGGGGCGGAGGGCUCACCGGAGACCCCUCCAGGGCGCUGCUGUCGCUGUUGCCGGGCCCCCAGGCUGCUGCAGGCCUACAGCUGGAAGGAGGAAGAGGAGGAGGACGAAGGCUCCAUGGAGUCCCUCACAUCCUCGGAGGGUGAGGAGCCUGGCUCCGAGGUGGUGAUCAAGAUGCCCAUGGUGGACCCCGAGGCACAGGCUCCCGCCAAGCAGCCGCCCCGGAGCUCCCCAAAUACAGUCAAGAGGCCGACCAGGAAAGGGCGUGAGCGAGCGGGCAAGAGCCAGAAGCCCCGCGGGAAGGAGCAGCUGGCCAAGCGGAAGACCUUCUCGCUGGUCAAGGAGAAGAAGGCGGCGCGGACCCUGAGCGCCAUCCUGCUGGCCUUCAUCCUCACCUGGACACCAUACAACAUCAUGGUGCUGGUAUCCACUUUCUGCAAGGACUGUGUUCCCGAGACCCUGUGGGAGCUGGGCUACUGGCUGUGCUACGUCAACAGCACCAUCAACCCCAUGUGCUACGCACUCUGCAACAAAGCCUUCCGGGACACCUUCCGCCUACUGCUGCUCUGCCGCUGGGACAAGCGUCGCUGGCGCAAGAUCCCCAAGCGCCCUGGCUCUGUGCACCGCACCCCCUCCCGCCAAUGCUGAUGGCCCCCUCGCCUGCAUCCCUCCAUCCCAGUCCCCGGGAGAGCCGGGGAGAAAGCAGGCAGGGGCUGUGACCUCAGACCCAGGGCCCUGCCCAGGCCUCACCAGGCUUCCCAGGCCCCUAGGUCCCGUUCCUGAACAGCCCAGAGAGAUCCUGCCAACUUUCCAAACUUUACUAUUCCCAGGCAGGGAGGGGAAGCUGGGGAACUGGUUUUUCUGUUCCCUGCUGGGUAGCAGAGGGCUCUUCACCUGGAAGAAGGCCUGGGAGGAGGAUCCGAGCUUUGGAGUCCUUGUUUGCGUUUAGGCAGGAAGUCCAUCCAGAGCCAGCAGGGCGGGCCAGGAGAAAGAAAGUUUAACGAACGUUACAGUCAUCCUUGGCCCAGGGGCUGGCCUGGAUUGCGGUGGGAGAUGACACCCCCUGGGGCCACAGCAGGGAACUGACACCAACCACUGAGAGAGAAGCUUGGCUCAAAGGGAGCAUCCCGUGAGGGGGAUGCCCUCCUUCCACAGGCACAGCCGACUCUGCUGGGCCCUAGGCAUACUCUCCAGGGUUGUCCAACCUCCCUACAAAUGACCACAGAGCAUCCCUAUGUGGGUCACCCCCAAGGCAAAUGUCCAAGCAUCAACAGGACAGUGACACCAGAGGGGACCAGCUUGGCUAGCCACACAUCGAGUUCCAAGGCAGCAGCAGGACCAGGCGCCAGGGGUCCUGACUGUCCCACUAUGUCAUUUCCCUGGGAGUGAGGGGCAGGGGUGCCUGCUAUCCAGCCCCACACCUAUACCCCCUGCCCCAGAGAAACCCUCAGGCCAUCCCUCCCUGGCUCACAGUCACCACCUGGAUAGAUCUGCUCCAGGCAGAUCUAGCCAGGCCUCCCGCAUGCUGCCUGCCUCCAGCCCCACUCACACAGGCCUAGCCCAGCCAACAGGUUCUCUCCUGUGAGCUCCCCAAUCCAACCCGUGCAUGGCCUCCCAGCCUCCCUUACUUCCAGGCCCAGCCUUGCCCCAAAUGUUCUUUCCUUCCAUCCUCAGCAAGUGCUGAGUCUGUGAAUAAAGCCACAUAACCAGCAGG